ACAUGCCUGUUCACAUUCUACACCUGUGCUCCGCAACAAUGGCAUUCGUGACGUGUGCUAAUCCAUUUCACAACAAUGGCCUAUUUGUGUAAAGGUGUCCAUCAAGUUCAGCGGAACUCAGAGAAACAAUGUUGCAUACAAACUGGGGUUACAUCAAAGCACUAACCAUGCAUGAACAACAUGGAGCAUUGCCUAAGUGGAAAAACCAGGUUGAGGUGCGCAGCUGGUGAAGCACUUUCGGGCAGAGCUGACAGAGCGGGUCAAGGAGACACGGCGCAUCGCCAAGGCGCUCCUGGCACAAGGCCUGAUGGGUAGUGAGGGGUACAAGACUGUGGUGGGAGGGUCCAGUGGCCGGGAGCGAAUGACGGGGAUCCUGGCAGCGGUGGAGGAAGGGGGAACACGGCACUUGGCUGCCCUCUACAGGCUACUGCUAGAACAUGCACCCCACAUGAUGCAGGAUAUUGAAUGUGCUCAGUUCCUCUGUACCGUGAAAGAGAGCCUUCUCCAUCGCCUGACACGGCCAGAGGCAGUGGCCAAUCGCCUGCUGGAGGAGGGGCUACUGAGCGAGACGGCGUACUUCAGCGUCAUCGAGGCCAAAGGGUCAGAGAAGAGGACCCAGAUCCUGUGGACGGGACUUGAAGAAGGCGGGACCACAACAAAGGCGGGAUUCUAUCGCUCUCUACUCCACUGUCAGCCACUGCUGUACAGAGAACUGGAGAUCGAGCGCUUGAUGUGUAUGUGUGGCAUGACUGGCGGGAACAAGGCGAACGGAUGGGACAGACGGAUGGAGGAGAUGCGGAAAGAGGAGAAGAAACUCCUGCUGGCCAGACAACAGCUGCAGAGAGAGAGGGACGAGCUGGCGCGUGCGAAGGCGGAGGUAGAGAAAGCGAGGGAAGAGAUAGAGAAAGAGAGGAAACAGCUGGAGGCAAUGAAAGGCAAGCUAAUAGAUGAAAUUAUGUCAGAGGCUGAAGGACAAAAAGAAAGGAAUCAAAGAAAAAGAGAGAUGGUGGAGCAGGAGAAGGAGGAGAAGAAGUAGCCAGUUCAAUGUUUAACUGCUUUUGUGUUUUGCCAAUUUAAUUUAAUGGUCCACAUUUUUAUUUGUACAUUUUUGUACAUAUUUUAGUGAAAGUUAAGUUUGAAGUAUUUGUAGGUGGCAGUUUACAGUUUAUUGUACAGUUUACAUUUUCUAAUGGAAUGUAAUAUCAUAUAAUAGUAGGCCUAUAUGUUGAUAUUAAGAGUAUCAUUACACAAGAGAUCACUAUUUUUGAACAUCAGCAACCAAUCUCAACAAACACUUGGUAAAUAAUGUAACGUGACACAUAAAAUAUAUGGAAUAUAUUCUGCUAACAAUUUUGUGUUGUCAAAUCCACAUUUACUACUGUAUGUUGUCCGUAGUUAGGGUUAAAAAACUGAGUGUUUCAACAACCAAAAUGUAUGUUUCUUUUAAUGUUGACUGUUGUCUUGAAGCACUUUGUCAUUUUGUCAAACAAAAUGUGUUUACCUUUUAUAUUAAUGCAUUUUAAAAGUUAUAUGCAAUA